AAGCUGUCGUGUCCAUGAGUUGAAAGGUGAUUACGGGAAGCAGCUCUGUCCAAAAAUACUCAGAAAGCACGUAGUAGGAAUCAACAGCAAGACGACUGUGGAAAGCUUCAGUAUAAAACAAUGGUGUCGAUAAAAAUGAGAGUCAGAUGGAGAGUUUCCUGGUCCUGCCUGCUCCUGGUCUCCAGCUGUCUGCUAUACGUCCAUUCCGAUGAGCAGCAACAGCAACCAGAGACCACAGAGGGUCACCAUGCCCACCAUGGCCUGGACAAAAACAUGGUGCAGGACAAAGAUCACAUCAUGGAGCAUCUGGAGGGAGUGAUAGACAAGCCAGAAAAUGACAUGUCCCCGCAGGAGCUCCAGCUGCACUACUUUAAAAUGCACGACUACGAUGGAAACAACCUGUUGGAUGGCUUGGAGCUGGCCACAGCCAUCUCACAUGUUCACAAAGAGGAGAGGGGAGAGGACAGCCAACCAAUGAAAGAAGAGGACCUCAUAAGCCUUAUUGAUGAUGUUCUCAGGGAUGAUGAUAAAAACGAUGACGGCUACAUAGACUAUGCAGAGUUUGCGAAGUCGCUAGAAUAAAGAUGACACUGUUUGUAUUCUCUGGGUACCAGCUCAGAACACACCUCACUCAACCACAUGCCCCUUACUGACACUUCAGACACUCAAUUACAUUUACAUUUAGUCAUUUAGCAGACGCUCUUAACCAGAGUGACUUACAGUAAGUACAGGGACAUUCCCCCGAGGCAAGUAGGGUGAAGUGCCUUGCCCAAGGACACAGCAUCAUUUGGCACGACCAGGGAAUCGAACCAGCAACGUUCUGAUCACUAGCCCGACUCCCUUACCACUCAGCCACCUGACCCCCAAUUAACCAGUGGUGCAAUGUUUGAUCCGUCAUGCUAGCAGUGGACAAAUGGACAAUUAGUACUCUGUCAAGUGGUUUAAUCAGUAGCACCUCUGCCUUUUAAUAUAAUGGACCAAAAGAUGAAUACAAUUUUAUUAAUGGAGGUCAAUCUUUAACUUUCCAAGUGACCUUUAGUAUUGAUCAAGAGGAAGGGUAUUACAACCUGCGUAGCCUUUAUGUACGACAGGCUAAAGUAGCAGAUGUUAGGCUAACAAUGUAUUAGAAAGAUUUGCCUUUUGACCCAAUAGAGAAUACUGUAUUUGGGCAAGAAAACAAGUAUAUUUACAUACUUUUCAGUAGCCUGAAUGCACAACUUCAGUAUGCUCACAAGGAGACUAAAACCUGAGAUGAAUCUGUUGGUACAGACUCUCCUUGUAAACCAGUGAGCCAUGUUGUGCUUUAUUUCUUCAGCACUGGAGUAAAACGUGACUCGCAGCACAGUAAGACCACUGGAUAGUUAGCAGCAUACUCAAGUUUAUUUCAUUUUACAAAAAUAUACACAUACUGUAGAGUACAGGGUUCUGCUCUGGAGAGAUUCAUUUGAGCUGUUUGUUGAAGUGGUAACACCAUGUGCACUCUUCUCUUGCGGUUGAGAUACAUGUCUGUUCAAGCCCAGAAAAAGUUCAAAUGUUAGCUGAUAAAUUAUUUGUUACAAGAGUUCUAUUUUCAUGCAGUGUUGCUUGCUUGGGUAAUUGAUAAAUUCAGGUUAUUGUAUUGCAAGUGUGUUUAUGAUCCAACUGGGUUGUGUCUGUAUAUAAUAAAUGCAUAUGUGACAGUUCA